UUCCCACCAUCAUCAUCCCACCUUCAGAUCCCCCAUACAACCAACAUCAUAGCACUCGAUAUCUCCUACCCGCUAAACAACUAAUCCCCAACAAUGGCCCUCAAACGCAAACGCUCCAUGUCCAACGACUCCCCCCUCUCCACCUCCAGCCUGGCGUCUACCUCCACAACACGCCAGUCUCUCAGUCCAACACCUGCACCACGCCCCAUAGGCAGCGUGUUAGACUUCUCCUCCUCCUUCCCCUCAACCCUCCAAUGGCCCUCGCACGCUCCCUCCAGCUCCCACCGCGCCCGCCUCUCCGCAACUGACCUCGGCAGCCGCACGCGCAAGCGGUUCCGCGACAACCGGCCUGACGAGGAGACCAUCCACGAAAACACCCUUUCUCUUCUCUUCUCCGCCGCACGCGCGCCGCACCAGGACCCGACGCCAUCGCAGGCGCAGCCCGUGGCUGCGAAACACGAAACUACUACCCAGAAAUCAACCCUCCACGCCUUCUGGAGCCUCCCCGCGCCGCGCGCGACGAACCUCCGCUGGCCGCGUGUCCACAACGCGCGUAACCACCCGGACACGCCGCAGCAGGGCCCGACGUGUGAGGACUGCGAUAGCGCGCUGGAGUCGGACAGCAUGGAGAUUGACGACAUGGGUGAGGUGGGGGAUGAGUUUGCGUGUGCGGGGUGCCGGCGGCGGGUGUGUGGGAUGUGUGCGGUGGACGGGGAUGAGCGGCGGUGUUUGAGGUGU